AUGGCAUGGGUCCACACAUACGGUCUUUGCGCUCCUGCCGCUGCUGGCAUCAUCCACUGGGGUGCCACUUCAUGCUACGUUACAGACAACGCCGACCUCGUCCUGAUGCGUGACGGUCUUGACCUGCUUCUCAAGAAGAUGGCCACUGCUAUUGACAAGCUCUCCGCUUUCGCCAUGCAAUGGAAGGACCAGCCCUGCCUUGGCUACACUCACCUUCAACCCGCUCAAUUGACCACCGUUGGAAAGAGAGCAUGUGUCUGGAUCCAGGACUUGUUGAUGGAUCUCAGAGCUAUCCAGAGAGUUCGUAAUGAGCUCUGCUUCCGCGGUGUCAAGGGUACCACUGGUACUCAGGCAUCUUUCCUCCAGAUCUUCGACGGUGAUCACGCCAAGGUCGAGAAGCUUGACGAGCUUGUCACCGAGAAGGCUGGUUUUGCUGGUUGCUACCCCAUUGCCACUCAGACCUACUCUCGCAAGGUUGACCUCGAAGUUGGCAGCGCCGUCUGCAACUUUGGUGCCACUUGCCAGCGUAUCUCUACCGAUAUCAGACAUCUUGCUUCCUGGAAGGAGAUUGAGGAGCCCUUCGAGAAGGACCAGAUCGGUUCUUCCGCCAUGGCUUACAAGCGUAACCCCAUGAGAUCCGAGCGUUUGACCUCUCUUGGUCGUCGUCUUGCGAACCUCCACGCUGACUUCAUUUCCACUUACGCCUCGCAAUGGAUGGAGCGUACCCUCGACGACUCUGCCAUCCGUCGUAUUGACAUUCCCGAGAUGUACCUGUGCGCCGAUGCCCUGCUCAUUCUCAUGAACAACAUCUUCAGCGGUCUUGUCGUCUACCCCAAGCGCAUCGAGAACCGUAUCCUCGAGGAGCUUCCCUUCAUGGCCACGUAA